AUGUCACGCAUUUUAUUGCGUUAUGUCGUGCCACGUCGAAAGGAAAACAUUAUUAAUAUAGUAAUUGUUUUCUUGUUUCUAUUUGGAUUGUAUUUCUACGUUAACAACAAAAAAGAAAGCUAUGCUCCUCCACAAAUACACCCGAAAAACGUCGAACUUCGUGGAAAUAAACCUGGUGAUCGCUAUAUACGACCAGAUUACUCGCAAAGUCGUAGCGGUCCAGGCGAAAAUGGAAAAGCUGUCAUGUUAAGUGGCGAAGAGAAAGAAGCUGGGGAAAAGGAUAUGAAGGAUUGGUUUAUGAAUGUACAUGCUAGUGAUAAAAUCUCGUUGGAUCGUAGUAUUCCUGAUGUGCGCCGUGAAGAAUGUAAACGAGUCCAAUACGAUUUCAACUCUUUACCUGAUGCUUCGGUUGUAAUCAUUUUCACUGAUGAGGCUUGGACUCCAUUGAUGCGAACGGUUCAUUCUGUUGUCAAUAGAAGUCCUCCCGAGAUUUUACGCGAAGUUAUCUUGCUAGACGAUAAUUCACAGCGAGAAGAACUAAAAGAACAUUUGGACGAAUACGUAAAAAAAUUCGAUGGUCUGGUCACGAUUAUCCGUAGCACUGUUAGACUUGGACUCAUUCGAGCAAAGCUUCUUGGAGGUAAACACGCGAAAGGAGAAAUCGUUGUUUUCCUCGAUUCCCACUGUGAAGCCUCUACCGGCUGGCUUGAGCCAAUCGUGGCUCGAAUUCAAGCGAAACCAACUGCCGUCGUUUGUCCGAUUAUCGAUUUUAUUGAUGCAAGAUCUAUGGGAUAUUCUGGUGAUCCUUAUGCUACAUCAGUCGGAGGGUUUUCUUGGGCCCUUCAUUUCACUUGGGAAGGAAUGCCACAAACGGAAAGAAAUCGACGAACAUCAGAUACACAAGAAAUUAGAUCACCAACAAUGGCUGGCGGUCUUCUUGCAGCCAAUCGGAAAUACUUUUUUGAUAUCGGUGGUUAUGACCCAGAGAUGGACAUUUGGGGUGGAGAAAAUCUCGAGAUUUCGUUCAGAGUUUGGAUGUGCGGAGGAUCGAUUGAAUUUAUUCCGUGUUCACAUGUGGGUCAUAUAUUCCGAGCUGGACAUCCGUAUAAUAUGACUGGACGUGGAGGAAACAAAGACGUGCAUGGAACGAACUCAAAAAGACUUGCUGAAGUUUGGAUGGAUGACUAUAAACGGCUUUAUUAUCUACAUAGACCAGAUUUGAAAACAAAAGAUGUGGGAGAUCUUUCUGAAAGACAUUCACUUCGAGAAAAGCUUCAAUGCAAGCCGUUUAAAUGGUAUCUCGAUAAUAUCAUUCCCGGGAAAUUUGUUUUGGAUGAAGAUGUGAUAUCAUAUGGAAUAGCAUUUACAAGAGUUGAUGGUGUUGAGAUGUGUCUGGAUACUUUGCAACGCGAUGAGAAAAUGGGUCAAAUGCUUGGCGUUUAUCAUUGUCAAUCUGGAGGAAGUUCGGCUCAGGUAUUUUCCUUUUCGAAAGAACGUCACUUACGACGUGAGAACAACUGCGCUCGCGUUGAAAAGGGAUUUCGAGAGGAAGCAGGACGAGUUCGGAUGCAAGGCUGUUCGAUUUCUCCACAGACAUGGACACUUAAAGGAUCUCAACUCAUCAAUGAUGCGACAGGAUUAUGUCUUUCAACGAGAGAGCUGAAAGCCGGAGAUGAUGUAGUUGUUGUAAACUGUGAUUCAGCCAGUGCUCAUCAACUUUGGACCUUCAAAAGACCC